UAUGAAUACGGUCGUGUAACGGUUAUAAUCCCGCAAGCUUAUCCCAAAGACGCCGGAGUUUAUGUAUUGACAGCUAAAAAUUUAGCUGGUGAAGCUUAUAGUUCGUGCAACGUAAACGUUAAAGGACGUCUGCCUAACGAGACAUCCGAUUCGGAAAUGGCUUCCGAUAUGGAUGUAGAACCCAUCAAACCCUCUGUACAAUUGGCCUUGAAAGAUGUUUCGAUAUUCGAGGGCAAACCAGUGCGUUUGGACUGUGUUAUUGUGGGCCAACCGGAGCCCGAGGUGAUUUGGUAUCAUAACGAUAGACCCGUGAAAGAAUCGGCCGAUGUACAGUUGCUGUUUCAGGGUGACAAGUGUUCGUUGAUCAUACAAGAAGUGUAUCAAGAAGAUGGUGGCAACUAUAAGGUAGUGGCCAUCAAUUCGGCUGGUGAAGCCUCUAGUAGUUGUGAGCUGAAAGUGACCCCCUUGAAUAUAGCCGAACCGGCCACUAGGGCCCAAUCGGAAAGACAAUCGUUGGUCAAAGAAUUGGAACCUAAAUUUGAGAAAUUCCUUAGUGAUGUUUUGGUCGAUGAAGGUGAAACUGUAGAAAUGGAAGUAAUGACUAGUGGUGAUAAGCCCAUGACAGCCAAAUGGUUUUUAACCAAUAAGGAAUUAACCAACACCGAUCGUUUCCUAAUCGAAUCCAAUCCCAAUGGUGGAGUCUUCAAAUUAACCAUCAAAAAUGUUAACAACGAUGACAAAGGAGUUUAUACCGUGAAAGUGUGCAAUAGUGCUGGUGAAGCUAAAUGUUUCUCCCACUUGAUUGUAAAGUCGGUGAAUGCUCCCGAGAGCCAACGUACGCAACAAGUGGAGAUUGUAGAACAAAAGACCUGUCCCGAGUUCAAGGAAUUGUUCUCCGACAAAACUGCCAAUUUGGAGGAUUUGGUGAAAUUCGAGUGUAUUGUUAAAGGUAAACCCACUCCAAAGGUACAUUGGUAUUUCAAUGAUCAACCAGUGCAUGGUCAUAAUUUCCUGGUUUCCACUAGUGGUGAACGGGAAGUUUUGACCAUUCAAAAGGUAGGUCCCGAUACCGUAGGCAAAGUAAGUUGUGUAGCUGAAAACGAUGUGGGCAAGGCAACUUGUGUAGCAUUUUUGGGUUUGGUCGGCUCUGGCCUAGAAUGUAUGCCGGCCCAGAGUAACAUGCAAACCAUGACUCAAGAACACAACACCGAUUCGUCACGUGUCACCAUUAAGAAGCAAACAUACACAACCACUUCCACCUCACAAGUCAGUUCGUAUGAGGGCAAUAUGCCUCAAACCGAAAUUCACCAUUCAUCGGCUCAUAUCGAUCAGUCAUUGAAACAAUUGGGUGCUCAACGUCCCGAAAUUAUGGAGUCACAUCAUUAUCAGGAAUUACACAAAUCAAAAGAUAUGUCUUCACCGCAUGUCCAACAGAAAUCAUUUGUACUUGUCCAAUCGGCCGCGAAUGGCUCCACUGCCUCAAACGCCAUUGUACCCAGUUCGCCCACUCGUACACGUCGUGAAAUUGCGCCUCGUUUUACUACCCCUCUAACUGGUAAGAUUGUUGACCAGGGUGCUGAUGUUAGUAUGGAAGCCAUUUAUGACGGUUUUCCAUCACCCGAAAUUAAGGUCGAGAAAAAUGGUGCCCAACUCUUUGACACUGAUCGUUUAAAGAUUGGCAAUAAGUGUAAUCGUGUUACCAUCGAUCUAAAAGAGGUUAAUGUUGGCGAUGCGGGUCGUUAUGCUGUCACCGCCAGCAAUACCAUGGGUCAAUCGACCAGUACAGCCGAUUUAGUAGUCAAGAAAACCAUCUUCCCGCCCGUCUUCGGCAGACGUCUGCAAGCUCAAGUAGUUAAAAAGGGUGAAAAAAUAAUAAUGGAAGUAGAGGUGACGGGUUUGCCCGAACCCACAGUGGUUUGGAUGAAAGAUGAAAAACCUUUGAAUGAAUCGGGUCUGUCACAACAUAGACUACUAACACAAGGCAAUACGCAUAAAUUGAUCAUCGAAAAGGGACAAGUUAGCGAUUCGGGCAAAUACAUGGUUAAGGCCACCAAUGCGGGCGGCGAAGCCAAAAGUAUUGCCGAUUGCGCUGUCUUGGAGCCCACACCGGAACGUAUGCAAGAAGUGGUGAAGACCAUUGUCUAUGAGACGCCCAGUGAAUUUAAAUCUGAAACGCUUGCCAAAGAACCACAGUCGUUCGAAACCCAACAAUCUGAAAUAACCACCUCCAACGAUUUGCAUGGCUUAUCUGAGUCAAAGAUCAUAACUGAGCAUCGUUGCACUACCGAGGCAACCAUGCGUCUAGAACACAAAUCCGCCUACUUAGAUUUGCCCGAAUUACAACAACGUACUAGCAACAACAACACCACUUCAACAGUUCCCACACAAAACGAGAUUAAAACUAUACCAACAACAACAACAGCAACUAGCACCAACCAAUACACUACUACCAACAUCCCCAUUAACCAGGAUGUAACUGAUUUCAGUCAUCAGUUGGAACAAUUAAAAUCACUUUCAUCCAAUUUUGAAAAUAUGCAGACCAAGAUUGGUUAUACACAAACCCCACCACCAGUACCACCUAAACCUUAUCCACCAGUAACUGCCACUAUAGUACCGCCCGUUAAUGAAAGCUACAACACCAGCUUCAUGAACUCAACCUCAACCAGCAGCGAAAAGAAAUCCUCUUCCUUUGAGUAUUUCAAAAAAAUCGAUGAGGUUAUUAAGGAAACACCCAAAGAGGAACAAAAGUUUGACCACAAACCCUUAAAGGUGGAAACAAAGAAACCUUCCUUCAAUUUGGCAGAAGAUUUGAAAAAUUUGAAUCUGAUACCGGGUUCGCCACCCGAAAUUUGUUUCAUAGCCGAUGGCUCUAAACCCAACAAACCCUCUUUAAAUGAUAAAAUACAAAAACUAGAAGAAAGACAAUUGAGCGGUAAAGAGCCUCCUCAUGGUGGUAUCUCUAUAUUUCCACCUCAGACACCCACUAAGGCUGCCAACACAGCUCCUACAUUUGCUCCCAAUAUGCCUUUGGCUUCGGAGACCUAUAGUCAUGAUACUACUCUAACGAAAUCGGUAAAGGUGGAAUAUGGCCAACCGAUCAUGAGACCUGCUGCCACUUUACCCACACCAGCCCAACAAUUUACACGUUCGCCUUCUCCAAAACCCUCUGCAGAGGGUUUGGCUAUGUCUAAACUCUGGACUCCCAAUCAUGUAAGUGGUUAUGAAAGUUGCACCAAGCUAAGUGCUCCCUUCCUAGUCAAGCAGGUAACACAAUCGAUACCCAUACCCCAAGCACCCAGAAGUAAAACACCCAUUGAUGGUGUCGAACUAAAACCAGGAACUCCACCAGAAAUUUGUUUUGCUGGACAACCAGAACAAAGGCGUCAAUCUCUAGUCGAAACUAUGGAAAGAACCCUAGAACAAAAUCUCAUACAAGGAGGACCCUCUAGGGUUUUACCACAUUCAGUGCCCACCAUAACACCUCAAAGCACGAAAGCCCACUACAAACCUCCACCACCCGUGGUACCUCCUAAACUGCAAACACCUCGUGGUGAAUACUAUGAAAGUGAUUAUGAAAGCGAUCGUUGGAAGUAUAGUGGCAGUGAAUCGGAUGAAAAUACAUUGCGUCCCGCUUUGAAACCCCAUCAGGGUGCUUUCAAAACCAAUGGUUAUGCUGCCGAUACUGAAGAAAUAUCCAGUUUUUUCUAA